AUGGACCGGAUCAAACGAGAAGGCUACGGUGACGAUAGCUUCGGCCACGACAAUUACAAUUACGACAGCUAUAGCCACGGGCGAAAAGAAAACGUAGCAUUACUUAAAAAGGAACUUGAACCGUGGCGUAGCUCCUCUGGUUUUGGCCUUGCCAACAUUCUCAAUCGUAACAGCUCCACUGCCUCUAAAAGCACCAUGCCUACCUUCAGUCUACCGUCCCUCCACAGCUACGGCAAGCCGCUGCUUGCCAAUCAAGAGGGGUCUAUGGCCUCGCAAAACUACGAUGAGGAGAAUCAGAACGUCUCCACACGCCAGCAGCAUCAACAAUACAGCACCGAUUCGUCUCCAGCUCGACAGUCGUCGCCCAACUCGCAUCGCAGUGCUUUGGCACCUGCAAGCGAAGAAGAAGCAGACCAGGAGAUGGGUAGCACGAACGGUGAUACCCUUGGCGGCAUCGCUACCCAGCCGAUUCGUGGCGGUCGUUGGACAGCCGAUGAGCACGAACGUUUUCUUGAGGGAUUUUACAUUCACGGGCACAAGUGGAAGCGCGUGCAACAGGUGGUACGCACACGGUCGGUGACCCAGGUUCGUACACAUGCCCAGAAGUAUCUGCUUAAAGUGGCCAAGCUUAAAGCUGAACAAAAGCAAAUUGGCAAGACUGUCGAUAUGGUUACUUUGUCUGCUGAACCUUCGAGUAAACAUCUUGCAGUAGAGUCUGUUGGUGGUGGGAAGACACUAUCGUCUACACUUGAGCAAGGUGGUUGCAAUGACAGCUUAGGCAACACCCCACGAAAGAAAGUGCGGCGCCUGGACCAUGGUAAUUGCGAUCCGGUGGACCAAGAGUAUAUUGCAGCUGCUGCUACAACGUUGUGCUUUCUUAUGAGCCAGAAGAUCGACUCGUUGUUUGACACGAGACACGAGCAGCAGGCGGAUACGAUCAAAGCGGACUACGAGCCCUAUGAUUGCUACGCGUUGCAACCAGCAAGUCAACCAGAUGCCGAGCAGAGUCAGACUCGCAAGCGGUCGUACAUGCACUACUUCACGGAUCAACAGGAUGACUUUGCUUCAUCCUACGACACCGCUCACGACGAGCCUUCGUCGUACACAAUAAAAGGCAACAAGCUCUGCUCGUAA